ACCCAAACCCUGUUUUGCGGCAGCAAUAUAAAACCUUACUCUACCAAACUCCUCUUUGUGUGUAUUCAAAGCAAAACCCUCACACACAGAGAGCCAUAGUUACCGAUGGCGCAGUCUCUGGAGUUUUUGCUGAUUCAAUUUCUCAUGCCAGACAACGACGCUCGCCGUCAAGCCGAAGACCAAAUCAAACGCCUCGCUAAAGAUCCUCAAGUCGUUCCUGCUUUGAUUCUUCACUUACGCACCGCCAAAACCCCUAACGUCCGUCAACUCGCCGCCGUUCUCCUCCGUAAGAAAAUCACCGGUCAUUGGUCCAAACUCUCUCCUCAAGAUAAACAGCUCGUCAAAGAUUCCCUCAUCCAAAGUAUCACCCUAGAACACAGUCCUCCUGUUCGGAAAGCGAGUGCGAAUGUUGUUAGCAUUGUUGCAAAGUACGCCGUUCCCUCCGGUAUGUGGCCAGAGUUAUUUCCGUUUCUCUUUCAUAGUAGUCAGAGUCCUCAAGAGGAUCAACGUGAAGUGGCAUUGAUUCUAUUUAGCUCUUUAACUGAAACAAUUGGGAAUGCUUUUCGGCCGCAUUUCGCAGAUCUGCAAGCUCUUUUACUUAAGUGUUUGCAGGAUGAGACUAGCAACCGGGUUCGAGUUGCUGCUCUCAAGGCGGUGGGAUCUUUUAUGGAAUUCACUCAUGAUGGGGAUGAAGUGAUUAAGUUUCGUGAGUUUAUUCCAAGCAUCUUACAUGUAUCAAGACAGUGCCUUGCCUCUGGAGAAGAAGAUGUUGCCAUAAUUGCUUUUGAAAUUUUCGAUGAGUUGAUUGAAUCUCCUGCACCUCUUCUUGGAGAUUCAGUAAAAUCCAUAGUACAGUUCUCGCUUGAGGUUUGCUCAACUCAAAGUUUGGAACCUAACACACGGCAUCAGGCAAUCCAGAUUAUUUCUUGGUUGGCAAAGUACAAGUCCAACAUUUUGAAAAAGCAUAAGCUGAUCCUCCCUAUCUUACAUGUUUUAUGCCCUCUGCUUGCUGAAUCAACCAAUGAAGACGAAGAUGAUGAUCUUGCACCUGAUCGAGCUGCUGCAGAAGUUAUUGAUACAAUGGCUUUGAACAUCCCAAAGCAUGUUUUUCCACCUGUUCUUGAAUUUGCUUCUGUAAGCUAUCAAAAUGCAAACCCAAAGUUUCGAGAAGCAGCUGUUACUGCAUUAGGUGUCAUUUCUGAAGGUUGUUUGGAACUCAUGAAAAAAAAUCUGGAGCCUGUUCUCCAUAUUGUCCUGGCAGCUCUCAGGGAUCCCGAACAAAUGGUCAGAGGAGCAGCUUCCUUUGCUUUGGGCCAAUUUGCUGAGUACUUACAGCCUGAAAUAGUGUCCCAUUAUGAGGGUGUCCUUCCCUGCAUUUUAAAUGCUCUGGAGGACGUAUCUGAUGAAGUGAAGGAAAAGUCAUACUACGCUUUGGCUGCUUUUUGUGAGAACAUGGGUGGUGAUAUCCUUCCUUUUCUAGAUCCGUUAAUGGGAAGACUGUUAGCAUCUCUCCAAAACAGUUCUCGCAUUUUAAAAGGAACAUGCAUGUCUGCUAUUGGUUCUAUUGCUUCUGCUGCAGAGCAAGCUUUCUUUCCUUAUGCUGAAAGGGUUUUAGAGUUGAUGAAAAACUUCAUGGUGCUAACUAAUGAUGAGGAUCUCCGUUCACGUGCAAGAGCAACGGAACUAGUUGGAAUGGUUGCAAUAUCGGUAGGGAAAACGAGAAUGGAACCAAUAUUACCUCCUUAUAUAGAAGCUGCAAUUGCUGGGUUUGGUUUGGAGUAUAGUGAGCUUUGGGAGUACACACAUGGUUUCUUCAGCAAUAUUGCUGAGAUUUUGGGUGACAGUUUCGCCCAGUAUCUUCCUCAUGUUGUGCCUCUUGCAUUUUCUUCCUGCAAUCUUGAUGAUGGCUCUGCGAUUGACAUUGAUGAUGGUGAUGAUGAAAUUGCCAAUGGAUUUGAAGGAGUUUCAUCUGACGAUGAAGCCCAUGACGAGCUAAGGGUUCGUAAUAUAAGUAUUAGAACUGGAGUGUUGGAUGAAAAGGCAGCUGCAACCCAGGCCCUUGGUUUAUUUGCACAGCAUACAGCCGUCUCUUAUGCUCCGUAUCCUUUGUUAGAUACGUAAACCUAGAAUGCUUUAGAUAAUAAAUUUUCGAGACUUGCAUUGUAAUUUUCCCAUAUGAAUUAAUCUGUGAUUUUUGUCUCUCUUCCUCUUUUCUCUCUUUCUCACAUUCUUCUUUUGUUUUAUUAUUGUCCAAUAAAUUGUGUUCAAUUUCAGUGCAAUGGCUUAAAAAGAAAACCAAGUUGUCUGAACCCACAUAUUUGUACACCAUGGAAAAGGGGUAUUUCUUGUUACCUGAAAGUGCCAAGGCUCAACAUAAUAUACGUACUGUGAAUGUAAGCAUAUCAGCCUGGCACUCCUGCUUUGGAAACAGGUGGCAACAACUACUCAUAAACAGAUUUGUAGGAUAUGAUACAAUUUUAAUCAAUAGUUUAUUGAGUUCUCCUGGUCAAGGUUAUCUUUAUAAUUAUCAAUCAAAGGAAUUCUUUAACCUUAGUUUUGCACUAGAAAUUCCUGAAGUCCCAGAUAAGUUUGGAGACUACCUUGUAACGAAGUGUGGCGUGCUUAUGAUGUCCCUGUUUGUUUUUUUUACUACCACAAUGUCCGUGUCAUUUACAUUGAGAGAAACACAGACUCGCAUGCUGAAGUUUACUGUGUUAUUGUUACAGGUUUAAAAGCAAGAAUGGUGAAGUUCUGGACACUUUGAAGGACAAAAAUAUGAGAAAAUAGCAGGUCAACACGGGCACCCGUGUGCCACAACACUGCCUGUGUUAUUGAUCAAGCAGAGCAGAGAGGGAGCAGAAAACAGAGAUCAACACGGCCACCCGUGUGCCAUCACACGACCGUGUUGAUUAAAACAGUGCAUUAACACGGCCACCCGUGUGCCACAACACGACCGUGUUGAUUGAACGCAACUUGGAAAACCUAAUUUUUGCUGUGUGAACCGAUUCUGCUCAUUAAGGGUAGUUUGGACCUUUAGCUUGGAAGAGAGUCAUCUGAAGCUAUAAGAAGGCUUAGAAGAGAAAGAAGAACACACCUUUUUACAGACGAACGAAAGCAUUGCAUUGGAGAAGAUAACGAAUACGACGGAUUUGAAGACGGCGAGAUUCAAGGGUAGCAACCAUUGAAGAUCAAACUCUCAUAAUUCUUUGUAAUGUCUAAUCUUUACCUUAUGAAUUCUUUAAGUACUAUGAGAGGCUAAACCCCCUGAUGCUAGGGGGUGGUCCUGAUGUUAUCACAUGUUAUGAAGUUGAAACUAUGAUUUCUUAAUUACUAUGUUACGUAUUUCAAUUCAA